AUGGCGACCACAACAACUGUUGAUAACUUGGACCACCCAAGCAUCAAACAUACCAACUUAGAUGUCGAAAGCCAGCAAACCCAAGAAACCACUGAAGUCAUAUUCGAUUAUGCCAAGCGAGCUCAAUGGCUGAGAGCCGCUCUGUUAGGUGCUAACGACGGCCUGCUUUCCACUGCCUCCCUGAUGAUGGGUGUAGGUGCUGUUCGUCAAGAUGUCAAGACCAUGAUCCUCUCUGGCAUGGCUGGGCUGGUUGCAGGAGCAUGUAGCAUGGCCAUCGGAGAAUUUGUCUCAGUUUACUCCCAGUACGACAUUGAAAUGUCACAAAUCAAAAGAGAGAUCACGAAUGGUUUGAGUACCUAUGAUCUGUUGGAAGACAAGAAAAACGAGUUGCCGAGCCCAACAAAAGCUGCGGUUGCUUCAGCCUCUGCAUUCGCGGUUGGGGCAGCUGUGCCACUUUUGGCAGCUGCGUUUAUAAAUAGUUAUCACGUGAGGUUGGUGGUAGUGGUGCUGGCCGUGAGCAUGGCGCUAGUAGGGUUUGGUGGAUUGAGUGCAGUGCUGGGAAGGGGUCCGAUUGUGAAGUCGACACUUAGGGUAUUGUUUGGAGGGUGGGUGGCGAUGGGUGUCACCUUUGGGUUGACCAAAGCAGUAGGUUCUACUGGUUUGAUUAAUACUUAA